AUGAGGCGCUCCUCCGCCGUAACCAUCUUGGUCGUGUUGGCACUCGCCGCCGCCUCCACCUCCUCCGCUCAGUUGAGAAUAUCAUCAUCCGGCGACCACGACCACUAUGUCCACGUGCUCGACGAGCUUACUGGCGGGAAGGCGUUGGAGGUCCACUGCUGGUCAAAGGAGGAGGACCUCGGGACCCACAACUUGACGGUGGGAUCCGAAUUCACAUGGAAGAUCUUGUUCUCUAAAAUCUCUCUCGAGUUUCCCCAGUACUGGUGCGACCUGGCCGCCGACGACGACCGCAAGGCCUCUUUCCCGGCGUUCGAUCAAGAACAUUACAGAGUUUGGGAGUUCCAGUAUCACACCCACUUGGUGGCCCAAGACGACGGCAUUUAUUUGAGGCACCCCGACGCGGAAAUGCACGGAAUCCUCUUCCAUUGGCAGCAUGGAAGCCGUAUAGCUAGCCCAAAUCUGUGA